AUGAACAACUCGCGCGACCACCCCGUGUUCCGGCGCCUGUCGCGGCAGCAGCUGAUCGUGCGGCGCCGCAGCCUCGGGCUGCAGCCGCUCGUGCUGGACCCGGAGUUCGCCAGCACGCGCAAGACGCGGUGCAAGCACUGCGGCCGGCGCUUCAACCCCGUGUGGAAGAGCUACCUGUGCCACCUGUGCGGCCGCUGGGUCUGCGAGCCCUGCUCCAGCGUCGUGGAGCGCGAGCGCGAGCUGCUGCGCGUGCGCUUCGUGCGCUGCUGCGUGACGUGCACCAAGAUGGUCAACAAGCUGCCGGAGCCCGACUCGCUGCUGCCGUACCUGGCCGUGCCCUACGUCACCGCGAGCUCGCACAGCCAACUCGGCCUGCACCUGGCCGACGUGCUGCGCACCAAGAGGGACCUGCGGGCGUCGGCGCUGCAGCUUUUGAACUGCCUCGGCCGGCCGCUGGGCACCAACACGCAGAUCCUGGCCGACAUCCGCGAAGAAGACUGGGCCGCGGCCAGCGCGCUGAGCGGCAACCACCGACGCAGAGAGAAGCACCGCAACGGCGGCAGCGGGGCCAAGCCGGGCAACCCCGAGUGGGUCCAAUUCGUCGUCCAGCAGUGCUUCGAGGUGUCGCUGCCCGAGCUGUCGCUGGACGAGUGCGUGGUCUCUGAGUCGGACGGCACUCGACGGUACCCGAUCUUCUACGACGACGAGACCGACGUCCCCUUCGCCCCCACCUGCUCGAACGAAGCCGCUAGGGACGAGUGCAUGGCCAAGUGCAAUCUGCUCGGACGCGGAAUCGCGGCACAGAAGGAGGUUCAACUGAUCUGCCACCUCGCGGCCAAGGAGUUCGACGCGAUCUGUGCGACCCUUCUGCGCGCACGCGAUGGUAUCGGGGCUGCCGUUCCUGGUGCGGAACACGAUGCUGGACGUGCGGUUCCGGACGUUCGCUUGUGUACGCGGCGACACUGA